GCGAUCCAAACCCAUCGAGUCAUGACUCAAUGAAGGAGCAGUGGUGGGGUAUCCCACCACCCAAAACCCUAAAUGCGUGACAACCCGAGCUCCUACACCAGCGCCGUUUCUCUGAAACUCGUUGACAAUGGUGAGGGUGAGUGUCUUGAAUGAUGCUCUCAAGAGCAUGUACAAUGCUGAGAAACGUGGGAAGCGACAGGUCAUGAUUAGGCCAUCAUCGAAAGUGAUUAUAAAAUUCCUUUUGGUGAUGCAGAAACAUGGUUACAUUGGGGAGUUCGAGUAUGUUGAUGACCACAGGGCUGGGAAAAUUGUUGUUGAAUUGAAUGGUAGACUGAAUAAAUGCGGUGUUAUAAGCCCCCGUUUUGAUGUUGGUGUCAAAGAGAUAGAAGGUUGGACUGCAAGGCUCCUACCCUCAAGACAAUUUGGAUAUAUUGUCUUGACUACCUCUGCUGGUAUCAUGGAUCAUGAAGAGGCUAGGAGAAAGAAUGUUGGUGGUAAAGUGUUGGGUUUCUUCUACUAGGCUAGUCUUUUAUUCGAGGUUCGUACUGAUUUCAGUUUCAGACUCACCGAUUCUGAUGGACGAUGUACUAGUUUGCUCUCGCCAUUAGUUAUACAUAGCAAGAAUUUUUAUUUUAUUUUUAAUGCGCAUUUUAUUGUUUGCAAAAACCAUUAGGUCUCUAUUUAUUUAUCAUUGUUUUUCUUUUACCAGAAUGUAUUAGCAGAUUUCGUUUAACUGGUAAAGACUUCACUGGAACGCGGGGCCGAUGGUUGGUUUUUGUCCAAUCA